UUGGACUGCCUGGGCACCCAGUAGGUGCCCUGCUGUGACUGCACUGUUUCCUUGGGCUUUACAAGGAGACCUAUUUUGUUUGAAGUUGGUCUUUUACUACUUGUUCAUACUCAGUGUGCUAAUGAGCUCUUCCACGUCUCAACUAAAAUGCAUGAGGGGUGGAGUUGGAUCUACUUGCAGUUCAGUGGCCAAUGGGAAUUCCCCAGUGAUAACAGCAGUAUUUAUGAACAGGUAUGUGGUGCAGCAGUUUAUAACAGGACUAGGGAGAUGCAACAACAGGUGAGCAGGUUGAGUUUUCUUUUUCACUCUCGUAGCAAAGUCAAGUUUAGAAGUAAAACUAUUCAAGUCAGGUAACAUUUGCUUUGCAUUGUUUAUGUUGUGCAGAAAAUGCUCACAAAGAAGAUUUUUGAGCCAAAUUCUCUGACAAAUGUUUAAACGAUAAUCUUUAUGAUUUAUAAAUGAAUAUCAGUUGCUAUAGUUUAAAAACAUGUAGCCGAGUAGCUUCACAGGAAAUUGAAUCUUACUGGCAGGUGAUUUUAUAUUUAAGGUAUUUAGGGUAUCUUAAACUUAUUUAAUAGGCUUUUGUGAAUAUCAGCAGUGAUGUAAGACAGAAUGCAAAAUAAUUUACGUAUAUUGCAAUUGCAGAUGUCGAGGAUGAUUUCCCAGAAGUCCCUAUUAAGGGCGCUAUGCUACGUGCUGUUAAUGCCAGGUUUGCUAGAAGCAACAUCUCUUAUGAAAGUAAAGAAUCCUGGAGGGAAUGUGGUAAACAUUGGUCCUGCUAAGGCAAAUGAUUUCUUGACUAAUUCUCCACCUAAAAGGAACAUUGACCCAAAGUGGUACAGAGGCGCUCCUGAUUUCCAGUCCUACUACCGCUUCUACAACAGUAUUGGACACAUUGAAGGACUCUAUGAGAUCGACAGGAUCCGGAUGUUGUAUCAGCAGAUGCGUCACUUGGAGUUGACCUAUGGCCCAGAUGCCUCCAGUUAUCAAAAUGUCAUGGGUGUGCUGACUACCACCGCAGCACCAACUACUACCACUCUGCCUCCUCCCCUCACCACCCCUGCUCCUACACCAGAUCCUCUGGAGAAUGCUCAGAGGAUCUAUCUGUGUAACCCCAAAGAUCCUCUGUGCAAACCUCAGAUCGUCUACCUGCCAGCAGGCGCUGUUCCAGUACUGUGUGACCCACGAGUCAACCCCGCCUGCAGGCCCGUAACAGAGGUAGAGAUAAGAGCUGCUGCUCCUCCUAAACCACCCGCGGCUUCUCCUGCUCCCGUAAAGUCUGUCCAAACCCCCCCUCCUCCCACUAUCACUGCUAAAGGUAUGGAGUACGACUGUGAUCCAUACUGGGACCCUGACUGCCUCAUCGAUCACCCACCCCGCCCCAUCCAGGAAACAUCCGCACCAGAGGCACCCGCUGAAGAGAAAGUGGAGAAAAAGGAAGAAGCAAAAGUAGAGGAAAGUGUUCCCGAAGCACCAGUCACAGAGACAACCCUUUUCUUUGACCCUUAUGAUUUUAAACGUGACCUUUAUGACCCCUUUCGUUAUGCCGACCCAGCUCCUGAACCGGAGUAAAAACAAAGCGCUUAAGAAGCGAUAGUCUUCUAUGCAGAGUACAACAUUAAAUCACCAGAACAAACCAAGGCAGAACUGUGAGCAAAUCCACAUUUAAGGUUAAAUACAAAUACAGGACAGACAUGCGAACAAUGCUUUUACAGUAUG